GGGCGCUGCGCAGGCGCGGAGGGAGGGCCCGUUGCCUUGGAGACGCUGCCCCGCCCGGAGAAGCCCGGCCAUGGCUGCGUUCGCCGCGGUGUCCUCGGUGGGCGACGUGGCGUCUGAGGCCGGGAGAGACUCCGCGGAGCCCGAGAACACCUACACCCUGCGGCCUGUGUUCCAGCAGAGGUUCAGGCCCUCUGUGGUUAAAGACUGCAUCCAUGCUGUGCUCAAGCAGGAACUGGCAAACGCUGAAUAUGCUCCAGAAGAGAUGCCUCAGCUCACAAAACGUCUGUCCGAAAACAUUAAAGAUAAAUUAAAAGAAAUGGGGUUUGACCGAUACAAAAUGGUGGUGCAAGUAGUGAUUGGAGAACAAAGAGGUGAAGGAGUAUUCAUGGCUUCUCGCUGUUUCUGGGAUGCUGACACUGACAACUAUACUCAUGAUGUUUUCAUGAAUGAAAGUUUAUUCUGCGUUGUAGCAGCAUUUGGCUGUUUCUACUACUGAAUGAAUCUUUGAAAAGCUGGGAAAAGAUGUGACCAUGAAGAAACUUGAACUUUUUAAUAUUGUUUAAUAUCUUAACAAAAUAAAAAUGAAGAUGUUAGUAGUUUGACAAC